AUGUCUAGGCUUCAGCGAUUAAUGUAUCCCCCUGGAAUUGGAUACCGUAAUGAGACUGGCGGUUUGAUGGAGUGCCUUAGAAAACUGGAUAUCAAUAAAAUACGACAAUAUCAUCGUGACUAUUAUCGACCUGAUAAUCUUUCUUUGGUAAUCGUUGGUAAAGUCAUGCAAGAAAACUUGUUGCGCGCUCUUCAGUCGUUGGAUGAAAGGAUUGCGUCGAAAGGACCAUUGCCUCCAAUCAAGAGACCUUGGGUCGAGUCACCAGCCGUCCCGCCACUUGAAAAAUCAGUGGUGCAGGUGGUAGAAUUCCCGGACGAAGGCGAAAGUAUGGGCGAGAUUUUGAUUGGAUGGCAAGGGCCUAAGAUCAAUGAAUUUCUCGAUUUGACGGCUUUGGAGAUGAUUCACAAUUACCUUUCAGACUCUGCAAUUUCUGUGCUUCAAAAGGAAUUUGUGGAAAUCGAGGAACCUCUUUGUACAGAAAUCAGCUUCCAGAUAAGUCAUCAUAUUCGCACACAAAUUUAUGUCGACUUCUCGAGUGUACCAACCGAAGAAUUGGAAAAUCUCUCCUCACGGAUUUUCCUAGUAUUGGAGCGCGUUGCGAAAGAAGGGUUUGAUAUGAAUCGGAUGAAAAAUGUGAUACGUCGAGAAAAAUUGAAGACAUUGAAUUAUGUCGAAACUAAUCCUUCGACUGGAUUCGCAAUGAUUUGUAUAAACGAUUCCAUAUACGGAAAACCAAAUGCCGAGGAACUUGAGGAAGCGUUCAAAGAACUUGAAUAUUUCGAUCAAAUGGAUAAAUUCACGAAUGAGCAAUGGGUUGGAUAUUUGAAAAAAAAAUUAGCUGAAGAUGAAACACAACGUGUCGAAAAACAACGUGAGGAAUUGGGUCCAGAGAAAUUAAAAGAAUUGGACAUGUUACUUAAUGAAGCAAUGGAGAAAAACGAGACUCCUGCACCUCCUGAGUUAAUUGAAAAUUUCCCUAUCCCGAAUGUUGAUAACAUUCCACUCAUUAAAGUUACGUUUGGCCGAAAUCCUCCUGAUCCCCGAUUCCAAAAUCCUGUUCAAGAACACUUAGACAAAGAUGCAAAAGCAACAAUUCCAUACUUUAUUCAGUAUGACCACAUCCGCUCCUCUUUCAUCAAAGUCUCGAUCUACGUCACCACAGCGGCAAUCCCACCUAAUCUUCGACUAUAUCUUGAAUUAUAUCUCAAUUCGUUCUACUCGUUACCAAUAGUCCGACCGGACGGCACCCGAUUAACAUACGAAGAGGUUACCAAGGAAUUGAAUGAAAAUACCAUAUUAUACGAUUACUGCAUUGGUGCUGGUGGCUCUUUUCAGGAUUUGGCGUGCUUUGUUCUUAAAGUGGAGGCAAAUAAAUAUGCAAAAGCAAUUGAAUUUUUACGUGAUUUACUCUGGCAUACGGAAUUCGCGUUAGAUCGUAUCAAAAAUAUUGCCACGAAGCUGCUAAAUGACAUUCCAUCAAGUAAACGAGAUGGAAAUACGAUGGCAAACACAGUUCUCCGAACAAUAAUUUUCGACCCAAUCAAAUCAAAUCAAUAUGCACUCAACGUAUUGCGUCAAGAAAAAUUCUUGACUGCGCUUCUUAAACAGCUUGACGAGAGCCCGGAGAAAGUGGUGCAGGAUUUGAUGCAGCUUAGGGAGAUUCUUACCCAGCCUGAAAACUUUAGGAUAGAUGUUGUUGGCGACAUAUUGAAACUUGAGAAUCCAAAAAGCACAUGGAUUGAACAUUUUAAGAUUCAAUCUUCAAAUUCACUAGAACCUGUGCGCUUGGCACAAGAAGUAUUGACCGAGUAUGGCAAAAAUCCGGGCAAUAAGGGAUACAUUGUCAGUCUUCCUGCGAUCGAAGGUUCUCACUCUAUACACGUAGCCAAAGGCAUAACUGAAUUCGAUUCACCGGAUGUGGCUCCUCUUCUUGUACUUUGUACAUUUUUAGAUUCAAUGGAAGGUUUCUUUUGGCGGACAAUUCGAGGACAGGGAUUUGCUUAUGGUUUUGGGGUACGAGCUUCAGUGGAAACUGGGUUGGUUUACUUCUACUUAUAUCGGUCACCAGAUGUUUCCAAGGCUUUUGAUCAAGCAAGACAACUUAUCAAUGAUUUGGUUCAAAAAAAGACUGAUUUUGAUCGUGCUAAUCUCGAAGGCGCACAAAGCGCUGUUAUUUAUUCGAUAAUAUCGGAGGAGAAAUCGAUGGCUCAAGCGGCUGCUAAACUAUUUAUUACCACGGUGCUCAAGAACUUGCCUCCUAAUUAUACUCAAGAGCUUAUCAAAAAAGUCAAGGCCGUAACAAUCGAAGACUUACACGUAAUGCUAAAUAAAUAUCUCGCAAAUCUAUUUUUGGUCGAGACUUCAAAUGUGGUGGUCGUAUCUUCCCCCACAAAAGUAAAGGACAUUCAAGAAGGUUUCGUCAAACAUGGUUUCAAGUUGGAAGAAAAAGCUUUAGAUUCGUUUAUCGUAGAAAAUUAA